CAGACGUCUGAGUGAGCCGAGUUGUUGCUGCCAAGGCCUUGGAAGACGGUAACGAGACUUCCCACGGUGCCAAAACGAAACCGUCUCUUUCCAUUACAGUUUCACCUCCAGAGACGUGAAAACACUGGAUGAGGGGAAACGGAGGAAGAGGUCGCAAGUUCCCAUAGUGACUGCAAAACCUGAGAAAACAAAUCUGGAGGUCAGCUCAUUCAAGAAUAUCUGGAGCCGGCAGAGUCCUUCAUCAACCCAAUUAUCCGGACAGCGGGAGAAGGACAGGCAUGGAACGCAACAGAACCAUGCCUGGAGAAGUGUUUUGGAUCGCCUCUAAUCAGUUUCACCACUGACCUGGAUCUCACACCGAGGGCCAAAGCAACGUCUUACCUUCUGCCUGGCGCUGAUUGAAGAGUCCGUCUGACUUUGGUGUUUUAUCCUGUUAUGGUUUUCGCUCCUCACCGCCGGACCGAGCCGACAGAACAGACUAGAAGCAGGUGGCUGAGCCCUUUGACUCCAGCCAUGAACAACCUUCCACUAACUCUGAGUAAACAGAGUCGGCGGGGUUUGUCGCCCAGGACCAGACCCUUCAGCUUCGUGACAGACUGCUGCCUCAUGACGGCGCUGAGCCUCGUCUUGUUUUUCAGCCUGGCCUCUUGCCAGAGAAUGGACCCUUCGAAGCAUCCCAUAGUCAGCACCAACUACGGCAAGCUGAGAGGCGUCAAGAAGGACCUGAACAAUGAGAUUUUAGGCCCGGUAGAGCAGUACCUUGGAGUUCCCUACGCCACGGCGCCCAUCGGAGAUCGGCGGUUCCAGCCGCCGGAGGCGCCGGGGUCCUGGCAGGAGAUCCGCAACGCCACCCAGUUUGCCCCCGUUUGCCCUCAGAACGUCCACGGCGUUCUGCCGGAGAUUAUGCUUCCGGUUUGGUUCACGGAUAACCUGGACGUGGCGGCGGGAUACAUCCAGAACCAGAGCGAGGAUUGCCUCUACCUCAACAUCUACGUGCCCACAGAGGACGGUCCGCUCACAAAAAAAACUGAUGAAUCUUCAAUGAACAAGCCUCGAGACGAAGAUAUCCGCGAUCGCAGGAAGAAGCCCGUCAUGCUGUUCAUCCACGGCGGCUCCUACAUGGAGGGCACCGGGAACAUGUUUGACGCCAGCGUCCUCGCCGCCUACGGCAACGUGAUCGUGGUGACCAUGAACUACCGACUGGGCGUGCUCGGUUUCCUCAGCACCGGCGAUCAGUCCGCUAAGGGGAACUACGGCCUGCUGGACCAGAUUCAGGCUCUGCGUUGGCUCAACGAAAACAUCGGCCAUUUUGGCGGCGACCCUGAGAGGAUCACCAUCUUUGGAUCUGGAGCAGGAGCCUCCUGCGUGAACCUGCUCAUCCUGUCUCACCACUCUGAGGGUUUGUUCCACAGGGCCAUUGCUCAGAGCGGCACGGCCAUCUCCAGCUGGUCCGUCAACUACCAGCCCCUGAAAUACACCAAGAACCUGGCCAGGAAGGUGGGCUGCACCUACUCAGAGACCGCCGACCUGGUGGACUGCCUGAGGCGGAAGACCUUCAGGGAGCUGGUGGACCAGGACAUCCAGCCGGCCCGCUACCACAUCGCCUUUGGCCCUGUGGUGGACGGAGACGUGGUGCCGGACGACCCGGAGAUCCUGAUGCAGCAGGGGGAGUUCCUCAACUAUGACAUCCUCAUAGGUGUGAACCAGGGAGAAGGACUGAAGUUUGUGGACGACAGCGAGGACAACGAUGGCAUCUCAGCUGCAGCGUUCGACUACACCAUCUCUAACUUUGUGGACAACCUCUACGGAUAUCCUGAAGGCAAAGACAUCCUGAGAGAAACCAUAAAGUUCAUGUACACAGAUUGGGCAGACAGGGACAAUGGUGACAUGAGAAGAAAGACUCUCUUAGCUUUGUUCACAGACCACCAGUGGGUGGCGCCAGCUGUGGCUACUGCCAAACUUCACGCUGAGUUCCAGUCGCCUGUUUAUUUCUACACGUUUUACCACCACUGUCAGACGGAGACGCGACCCGAAUGGGCCGAUGCCGCUCACGGAGACGAGAUCCCGUACGUGUUCGGCGUGCCGAUGAUCGGCGCCACAGACCUGUUCCCGUGCAACUUCUCGAAGAAUGACGUGAUGCUGAGCGCUGUGGUCAUGACUUACUGGACUAACUUUGCCAAAACUGGCGACCCCAACCUCCCCGUCCCUCAGGACACCAAGUUCAUUCACACCAAACCCAACCGCUUUGAAGAGGUCAUCUGGACAAAGUUCAACCCAAAGGACAAGCAGUAUCUCCAUAUCGGCUUAAAACCUCGAGUUAGGGACAACUAUAGAGCCAAUAAGGUGGCUUUCUGGCUGGAACUUGUCCCCCAUCUUCAUACCAUCAAUGGCAUCUUCCCGACCACAACCCGAUCGCCAUCUGGCCCUGGUCCAGGCCCGGACACCUACAGACCCAGGCCAAGGACUCCAGGUCCUCGAACCACUCCCCACCCCUACUCAACCUUCACCUCCGAUCCUGAAACCGAGGGCUCGGACCGUCCAAUCCAGGACCUCUUUCCUGGAGACACCCGUGACUACUCCACAGAGCUGAGUGUCACGGUCGCUGUGGGAGCCUCUCUUCUGUUCCUCAACAUCCUGGCAUUCGCAGCCCUUUACUACAAACGCGACAAGCGCCACGAGAUGCGACGGCACCGACUGUCUCCGCAGCGCGGCGUACCCUCCAACGACCUCGCUCACAGCCAGGAGGAGGAAAUCAUGUCCCUGCAGAUGAAGCACUCUGAGCACGACGCUCACCACGACCUGGAGCCUCUUCGACCACAUGACAUCCUGCGACCCACCUGCCCGCCCGACUACACGCUGGCGCUGCGCCGGGCUCCGGACGAUGUACCGCUGAUGACGCCCAACACCAUCACUAUGAUCCCAAGCACCAUCACCAGCAUGCAGCCUCUUCAUGCCUUCAACACCUUCCCCUCCACCGGCCACAACAACACCCUGCCACACCCCCACUCCACCACCAGGGUAUAGUAGGGACUGGCCCACCCAGCACCACCUAAAGACAGGGAGUCCUGGAUCUCCUACCGAUCUAGAAGGGAGGCCUGUGGUUGAGGGCCUUCGUUCUGUUCUUACAUUCUCUUGUUUCUCAAAAAGGAACUCCACCUCCUCCAUCAUGUGCUGUACAGCUUAGCAGGAGACACAACGAACUAAAAUGAACUGCGUUGGAGCAGAUGAUCAGCUCGGAGGCGACGUCGAUCUUUCAGACAUACCUUUUUCCAGGAGGGUGCACAGUUUCCAGUCUAAAGAAAUUUUCAAAAGGACAAAAACGCUUUUGGACCUUUGAUGUUCUCUCUUUUUUACUUUGGUGUCAGCUUUUACUGUCUUCUAGAGUGUCGUGUGAAGUUUCUUAUUCGUUUCUUUUCUACAUCUGUGUCUUAUUUACGGCUCAUUUGACUUCUCCCCUCCGUAGGGUGCUUCUUUGCUUCAAGGAGCAACAACGUACUGAGAUGUCAGAAGUAACGUCAUUUCAGUCUACCAAUACGGUUCGUGCCAAAUGUGGUUUUGCUUUCUGAUCAAGGUUGAGAUGAAUUUUAAUCCCUGUCUGGUAACACAGGCUGUAUGUUCUCAUGACCAAGUGCCAAACUGGCCUUUGAUUGUGGUUUCCUUCCACUCAUCUUGUUUAUUUUUGUUGUUGUUCAAGUGUUUUAAUGUGGAAAGAUUUUUGCUGACAAUAUAGAUAUAGAGAAAUGAUAUUAUAUAUAGUUCUAUAUAAAUGUGUACAAAGGAGAAAGAAUAUAAGGGGGUUUUCUCAAUGGGGAUCUAUGCAUGAAUUAUUUUUCAAGAGAGGCAACAUGGAAAAAGGACGAAGAACCUGUCAACGCACGUUUUCCCAAAUGAAAUUAAAUAUUUCUCAGCUCAUAAAAUUCCCCCACAAAUUCAUUAAAAAUAGGAAAUUGCUGCAAGUCACAGAUACUCCACCAGUUAAAGCAACAAAACUCAUCACAUAUUUUUAUUAAUGGUAAAUUACGCAUUAGCUCAACCUGAGAUUCCAACAUUAGCUGCUUUCUGUCAGUUCUUUGGGUUCACAAAUGUAUUUUAUUUUUAACAAUGAAAAAAAAAGAGAUAUUCUGUUAAUUAUGCAUUCAAUUGAUCUGUGUCUAUGAAGUGGACGUAUUAAACUACACAAAUUAUAUCAGAACCGCUUUUUAGUCGAGGCAGAUAGGCAAGUUAACUCAUCUCACCUUGUUAUCUUCCAUAUUUCCCCCUUUUCUAGAUAUUUUUGACACCCAUAUUAAAUUCAGUAAUCUCCACUGAUUAUCCGGUGUAGCUUCAAGCACACUGAGGAUACUUAGCAGGUUUUAACGCAGAGCUGCAAAGAUGAAGGAGUUUCUCAACAGGGUAAAGGUAACACAGUAGAUGUCUGUUGUUUCUAAUUGUUCUCCUUCUGUUAGUUUAGGACUAUAUGAUUUUGCAGCUCUGCUUUUCAAGAUGAAGAUGUCAAACAUGCAUUAUGGGUCCGUUAGCAGAACAGGAACACAUGGUAGCUAACAUGGCCGACAGGUGUCACCGUUGCUGUCUUUGAACAUGCGCUAGCUUUAGCUUGUUUUUUUUUUUCCUUUUCUUACUGCCUGGCGGUCGGGGAGGGCUGGAAACGGGUUCAUACGCCCAGCAGCUGAGAUUUUAUAAACUGCUGAACGGGAAAUGUGCACAAUGCAAAAUCACACGACUGGACAAAAUCUGCGGAUCAGGAGCCAACAGAAUAAACGGACGUGCUGUGGCCAAGAGGAGGACGAAGAAAAACUCGCACAGCCUUAAAUGUUGAAAUUUGAACCAGAAGAGAAAACAAACUGAUCAAAAGAAGAUAAAAACAUUCAGAGACUCUACGGUCUUUCUGUCUGAAAUGUUAGCCAGGGGGACCUACUGACCUGCUAAUCUGUCAAAAUAUGAACUCUUUUGUACUCCUGUGGACAAAGGAGGUGGUAGCAGGUUGUGGAGUCGAUCUGAACGCAGCAGCUGGGAGGAAAACGUUUAGCCUGGAUGUGGUGGUUUGUUUUCUAUGUCAGCACUAGAGGGCGCCAUUGUGGCGGAUUUCAUUCAGUCCAGAGGAACUGGAGACAAACAGUCCUGGUGGGAGGAUCGAUGGAGAUACACAACAUCUGGAUCAGGAUCAAAACUGUACAUUUUUAAGUGUAAGAAUCAAACAGAGGAAAUAUUUGUAAAUAUUAAGUUUCUUGUUUUUUUUUCUUUGUUUUUUUUUGGGUGGAUGAAUGAUAUGCUUAUUUGGUGACAACAAAAGACAACAGGUGCAAAUUAAAACAAAUCAAAGGAAGAAAAUGCAAAUUCACUCAUAAUCAACAGGAACAUAUUUAGUUUUUAAACUUUUGACAGAUCAUCAUUAUGUAGAUAUGCUGUAGCAUCGUGAUUCAGCCUGAAUCAGGAAAGUUUCUGUAGCAGAAUUUUACUAAAGGCCUCAAACAACAAAGACCCAAAUAACAUCCAAAUAUGACAAAAUAAUCCAAGUCUGAAUUCUUUGCUUGAGUUUUUUUUUAAAUUACAUUUUUUUUCAUUGUUAAAUAUUCUAUUCAUAAUCACAACCCUUUUAACUACUGAAUUACUACGACUUUAAAGUCAGACAGCACCUAUACAUUUAACAUUUUUUCAUUAAUUUGAUCCGAACUCAAACAAAUUCACUUUAUGAAAUAUAACAUCAUGUAGCGGUGUUUCAUGUAGCUGCUGAUUUAUGUGUUGUACAACAUGUUAGGGCUUUAACACCAUCAGAUGCCUCAUGAGAUCACAGAGGUGGUCCAACGUUUUGAUUUCUCUCAUUGUUGGUUUGUUGUAAUUAAAAAUCCUCCUAUAGUGAUGUGAUGCAGAAGAAAGGUUGAUGAGAAAAUGACCACAAUAUCAGAUUGGACCUUUAAUCAGUUCAGAUGGGCAUCAAAUCACAUUAUCCAACAAAUAAAAGUGAUGCAAACUGGGUCUCCAUAUAAUCUGCACCUGUUGUCUUACAUUUUAUAUUCUAUGUUGAAUUCAGAAACCCAAGACUUGAGAUGAACAAAUCUGUUAAAUAAUGGAAAAUAAAAAAGAUUAAAAAAGGAAAGUGAAAUCAUAUAAAUAAAUGAGGUGAUGAUAUUUCUGUUACUUUAGAAGUUAUUAUACACUGUAUGCUGUGAUUCUGAUCUGGGAAACAUUAAAGACAUUCAUAGCCAGA